UUACCUCAGUAAGAGUAUGGUGAAAGCUGUUAUUUUGGUUGGUGGUCCGGGGAAAGGAACAAGAUUCAGGCCACUCUCUUUAGAGGUCCCUAAACCUCUCUUCCCUCUGGCUGGCAGGGCUAUGAUAGAGCACCACAUCAAGGCGUGCAGUGAACUUAAUGAUAUGCAAGAGGUAAUACUGAUUGGGUCGGAACCGACGUCAGACAUAUCCAACUUCACCAGAAAGGUAUCAAACAAAUAUGGAGUUCCAGUUACCUAUCUACAAGAGUACAAACCUCUUGGUACAGCAGGAGGAAUAUUCCACUUCAGAGAUCACAUCAGGAAAGGGAACCCUAACAGUUUCUUCGUGCUGAAUGCGGACGUGUGCUGUGACUUUCCACUGCAGAACAUGCUCAAUAGCCACCUACGACACGGGCGGGACGAUGUUAUCACGGUUAUGGGAACGGAAGUGGAGAAAGCUCACAGCGCUCUGUAUGGCUGUAUUGUUUCUAACGAUGCUAAUAGUAACGAGGUAGAGCACUACGUGGAAAAGCCAGAGACAUUUGUCAGCAACACAAUCAACUGUGGGGUAUAUGUACUCGGAAUAGGAGUCUUGGACCACAUGAAGGAGGUGUUCCAAGAACUACAAAGUGCAACUCUCAGUACAGACUGUAUCCAACUAGAACGGAACAUCCUUUCUACCUUCGCAGGAACUCGCAAACUCUUCGUUUAUCGUCACAAUGGAUUCUGGUCUCAGAUCAAGACGCCAGGAACGGCCGUGUUUGCGUCCCAGUACUACCUCAGUAGACGAAGGAACGAGGACGCCGAGUCCCUGGCUAAAGGUCCAAAUAUUAUUGGAGACGUUCUAAUUCAUCCAUCCGCUAAUGUUUCCAGUAGCGCUGUGCUGGGCCCUAACGUAACGAUCGGAGCAAACACAGUAGUUAAAGACGGAGUGAGGAUAAAGCACUCAAUUCUACUAGAGGGCUGUCAGGUAGAUCAACAUGCCUGUAUUCUGUACACGGUGGUGGGAGGCGGCACUCGUGUUGGUAGCUGGGCUCGUCUAGAGGGAACUCCUACUGCCGUCAACCCUAACAAACCCCUCGCUCACAUCACUAAUCCUCCAACGUUUAACGAAGAGGGGAAGUUGAAUCCCAAUAUAACUGUUCUAGGUCAUAAUACCAAUAUCUCUAAAGGAACCCUGAUUCUUAAUUCUAUUAUUUUGCCUUACAAAGACAUUGACCAUUCACACAAGAAUGUUAUUUUACUUUGAUUGUGUAAAGAAUGUGAUAUAGUGACAUUUUGUCUACAUUUUAACUGUGUGCUGUUUUUGGUUUUCAGUUUUUAUUAUUUGCGUUUAGUUUUAUUUGAGAAGUAGUACUAAAAAGGGACAUAUUUUACUUCACAUAUUACGUAAUCAAUAUUUUGGCAAUUUUUACCCCCCUCCGUAAUCAACCGUA